CUUGACGUUUUUACCUGCUAUAGCAGGUUUUGUAGGUCGCGUUACGUAAAACUAAUGUUUAUUACGUAACAAUUACGUAAUGCUUCAUUACGUAAAAGCAUCGUCUAUUACAUAAGGCUUCCGUAAUGACAUUUUAAAACUGUUACAUAAAAUACACGCUCAUUACGUAAAGGUUACGUAACGAAGGUUAUUUCUUACGUAACAGUUAAAUUAGAAGUGUUACGUAAGACUUCUGCAAUGACUUACCACAUUACGUAACUUGAUUAAUAUCAUUACGUAAAAGGACCAUCCAUUACGUAAGGCUUCCGUAAUGCCACUUUAAAACUAUUACGUAAAGUAUGCAUCUAUUACGUAAAGGUUACGUAACGAUAGUUAUUUCUUACGUAACAGUUAAAUUAGAAGUGUUACGUAAACCUUUCGUAAUGAUUCAACAGAUUACGUAACGAAAGAUUAAUAUUCAUUACGUAAAAUGAGUGUCUAUUACGUAAGGUUUCCGUAAUGACAUUUUUCAACUAUUACGUAAGAUAAACACACAUUACGUAACCAUUACGUAAUGCCUAUUGUAUUUUACGUAAUGCGACUUGUGAAACCUGUUAUAGCAGGUCAAAAACAUCAAGUUACCAUAACUUCAAAGUAUUGUAGGAAUUUCCAAACAUAUAUGGUUGCUCACCAGAAAACUGGAUAGGUGGUUUGAACGGAGGUCCGAUUACUGAAAGCUGGUUAAGCGGCAACAGAAUAUAUAACAGUUCUUAUUAUUACAUCACCAAAGACCGAUGGCGAUGGGAUUGAUUAAUUAGCAGCUUAAUUAUUUCUUCAACGCAUUGAUGAAACUUCCAUGAAACUCUCCUAACUCGUAAUUAUAGGCACGACGACUCGUUUCUUCAUUCAAUUUCUCUCUUUACUUUUCAGUAUUCUCUUAAUUUUUAAUGAAUAAUAUAUAUUUUCUUUUAAUCAGUUUUUUUUACAAAAGAUAAUCUUAUAUUGAUUGAGAGAAAUAGACAGUUACGCUCUGGAAUUCAGUCAGGUCUGAUAAUCAAAACGACUUGUAGUCGGGUACAAAGAAAGGGCUUUUCGAGCUACCAAAUGAGCUACCUUAUUGCGACGCCGACCUACAAAUCGAACAGUAAAACCCAUGUUCAUGUCAAACAACUGGACAAUCUCCUCGAGAAUCGAUCCCACUCGAUUAUCCCUAAUCCUGCCGAAAAAUCUUCUCAAUGAUCACCUGGGCAUCUCCCUCAAAACGUAUCACAUUAAAGCCACUAGUCAAACACCAAAAGACUGCCUCUUGAAGAACAAACGCCUCACUCACCAUAGGAUCAUCAAUCGCCGGGAGCUGAAUCCCCUUGACUAAGAGGAUCGCUCUAUCAGGACUCAUGAUAACCCUGCUCGAUUAUACAUUUAUACCCAAUAAAAUGCUAAACACUUUAAUAUUAUUUUUCCCCCGAUGGUUUUAAGUUUUAACAAUGUUGUUGGGGGCUAUCUUGCACUCGAGUUAGACUAUUUUGUAUAAAGAAACAACUCACCUCUCUCAAACAAACAGAAGAAGAAAAAAAAAAGGGGCCUCAGUCGAAGUUUUGCUGCCUUGCUCCCUGCCAAUAUUUAGACCGACCAUUCCCAAACGAUGUCGCCGAAAAUUGGCCACCGCCGUCGGCGGAAUCCGGGGUGGUCAAGAAUCUUCGUUUUCAUGUUCUUCGCAACCGUUUAUUAUGCCGCGAUCAUUGAUAUUACGGCGGUGCCGGGGCAGAGUAGCAGUAAUAACGCGAAGGUGGGGGUGAACGUCGCCAAGUUUCUCGACUUCAACAGAGCCGAUGCUGUCCGACAGGUGGAGCCGAGCUGCGUGGAAAUGGCGAUUUCCGAUCUCUACGGUUGGCAGCCGAACUACACCGCCCGCCUCCUGAUCAACACCAGGGAUUCCCGCAGAGUCGAGGUUGUUCAAGCUGCUGCUUCAGCCCCAAAUAACGUGCAAGUCCAAGCAAUCCUGGGCCCAAAAACGUCAAUAGAGGCCGACUACAUGAUGCCACUGCGAGAAAAAGCCCAAGUUCCCAUCACUUCAUUCUCCGAAUCAAGCCCAGCAGUCGUUUCCAUCGGCAGCCCGUACUUCUUCCGUCAAAAUGACUCGACGCAAGCCAACGCCACCACCGCCAUAGCCAAAUCCGUCGGCCGGCAACAAAGCAUCCCGAUCGACGUCGACAACGCCUUUGGACAAUGCAUCGUCCCUUCCUCAGUCGACUCCCUCGAAGCCGUCGACGCCUGCGCCAUUUUCCAAUCGUCUUACGAGGUUGUGAAUGUACAUGGGAACGGAACUAGAGUUGCUGCGUUUUGGACAUCUGGCGAGAUGCUGGUUAAAGAACUGAUGAACUCGUCGACGUGGGUAACAAGCUCGCCGUUGAGGGAAAUCCUGGGGCCGAUGAUAUGGCCGGGGGAUCGGGCAAUGGCUCCGAAAGAGUCCGGGAUCACGACGAGCGGGAAGAAGCUGAGGAUCGGCGUCCCCAUGAGAGACGGAUUCAGCGAGUUUGUUUCUGUGACUACAGAUCCCGAAACCAACAAGACGAGCGUGACUGGCUACUCCAUUGAUGUCUUCGAAGCCGUCGUCCAGAUGCUGCCUUAUGCGCUUCCCUUAGAGUAUGUGCCUUUCGCCGGGACUUAUGACGACCUUGUCUAUCAGGUCAUUUUAGGGAACUUCGACGCGGUCGUCGGAGAUAUCACCAUCAUUGCCGAUAGGUCAAAGUACGUCGACUUCUCGCUACCGUACACAGAAACAGGAGUGUCGAUGGUGGUGCCGAAGAGAACAGACGGGAGCAAGAAUGCGUGGUUGUUCUUGAAGCCACUGACGUGGAAUAAUGUUUGGGUCACUGUGUUCUUCCUCUUCCUCUUUAUUGGGUUCGUGGUGGUGUGGGUACUCGAGCACAAGAUGCUCAGUAAGGAUUUCAGAGGGCCGCCUAAUUCACAUGAAGCUGGGACUAGCAUCUGGUUCUCCUUCUCCGCCUUGGUCUUCGCUCAAAGAGAAUACGCGGCGGCGAGCAACCUGGUGAGGACGGUGGUGAUAAUAUGGUGCUUUGUGGUGCUGAUCAUGACGAUGAGUUACACCGCCAGCUUCACGAGCCUUCAAACUAUGCAAGGGCUGCAGCCGACGGCGGCAGACAUGAACGAGCUGCUGAGGAAGGGAGAAUUUGUUGGGUACCAGGACGGAUCGUUUGUGCGCGACCUACUGAAACAAUUGGGGUUCCGAGAUGACAGGCUCGUCCCUUACCAUAACUUGGACGACUGUGACUCGCUUUUCGGCCAGGGGAAAAUUGCAGCGGCCUUCGAUGAAGUUCCAUACAUCAAGCUGUUCUUGGCCCGGCAUUACUCCAAGUACAGGAUGAUCAACCCGACUUAUAAAACUGGCGGCUUUGGCUUUGUCUUCCCCAAAGGCUCCCCACUAGUUCCAGACAUUUCAAGAGCAGUCCUGAGCGUAGCUGAGGGAGAUAAGAUGGCCAAAAUAGAAGAAGCAAGAAUUGGGAAGAAGAGGAGGUGGCUGGAGGAAUCUAGUACCUCGGUUUCUUCAGAGAACCAGCUUGGGCUAGAAAGCUUCAGGGGACUGUUUCUGAUUGCUGGAGUGGCUACAGUUUCAGCACUCUGUAUUUUUGCCGCAGUGUCCAUUUACAAGCACAGGAAGCUUCUGGUGCCCGAAGAAGACGAUUCGCAAUCAAACCCUUCCUUCUGGAGAAGAAUUCUGAAUCCGUUCACGAUCUGCUACAAGAUAAAUCCCACAUGCCAUACUUCCAGGGACGACAGAGUUGGUACUGAGGUUCAUCUUGCCAACAUGAAUGCGAUGACUCCCUCCGCGUUUCCUGUUCGCAUGGACUUUUCCAUGGAUUCACCUCAAUCGCCUACUCCGCUGAUAGAAUCUCUGUGGAUUCAACCCACAGACCUACUCCGCUGAUAGAAGCUUCGUCAGAGUUGCAUGACAACACAGUAGCUUAGGCAGGUGCGAUGAACAUAGAUUCGCAUCCGGAAGCUUCUGGUGCCCGAAGAAGACGAUUCGCAAUCAAACCCUUCCUUCUGGAGAAGAAUUCUGAAUCCGUUCACGAUCUGCUACAAGAUAAAUCCCACAUGCCAUACUUCCAGGGACGACAGGGUUUGUAACGAGGUUCGUCUGGCCAAUAUGAAUGCGAUGACUCCCUCCGCGUUUUCUGUUCGCAUGGAGUUUCAUAUGGAUUCGCCUCAAUCGCCUACUCCGCUGAUAGAGUCUUUGUGGAUUCAACCCAAAGACCUACUCCGCUGAAAGAAGCAAUUCGUCGGAGUUGCACGACAACACAGUAGCUUAGAAAGGUGUGAUGAACAUCGGAGUAGAAAAGGACACAUUGCUGAUGCUAACACUAAAGAAGAAAUUACGAGACACCAAGAAAGAUGGUAUGAUCGAUGACGAAACAAAAUCCGUCCUAGUAAAGUAUGAGAACAUGUAGUUUAUUCUCAUAGUUUCUUGUGUAUAGUUGGUUCAUGGUAAAGUAUGAUGACGAAACAUAAAUCUUCCGCUCAUCUCUGUCACUAUAGAACAGUAACAGUAGUUUCUAUACUAAUUCUCAACCAACUUAAUUAAUCCUCGUCAUAGUAGGGAACUUCCUGCUUACCAGCCUAUUGUGAUCUGUUCGUUUACAAUAUCUGCAAAAUAGCUUGUCUGAACCCAACCCCCCCCCCCCCCCUCUCUCGCUUUCCCUUAUACUGAUCCCUUCUAGAUUGUUUGUGUUAGAAAGAAGGUUUCUAACGCGUUCGGGAUUGGGGAAAUUAACUAGAUCAAUUAGGGAUUGAUCUAGCUAGGAACUGGACUUGGGAAUUUUAGAACAAAAGGGAAGGGGGAAGAAGCUUGCUGCUGCCGCAGCUUUUGGGAAGAGGAGAGGAAGAAGGGAAGACGCAGGGAAGGAGAGAGAGAGAUUAGGAUUUAGGUUUUCGUUAUGUGAUUGCUUAAUGAAAAUAAGACCACUACUACAGAUUAUACGUAAAUACUUCAAUUACUACACAUAUACGCAUUUUAUUCUUGUAAAACUUUCAUAUAUUCAUAUUAUUGUCAAUCCGUUUUAUUUUUUUUCGUUUUAUAACAUAUUUAAUAUUCAUAUGUAAUAAAAUUAAUUGGUAAGG